UCGCAGGAGCAGUAAUAUCGAUUGAAGCGUCUAGUUUGAGGCACCACAAGGGGUGCUCUGGUUGGCAAGGCGAAAGCUCCCAUAAGCAGGCUGGCUGGCUGGCCGGGCGCGGGUCGCUUUCAUCAAAAAAGAAAAAAAAAAAAAAAAAGUAGUCGUCCGUCCCUCCGUUUGUCCUCUCGUUUUGCCGCUUUUACACCGUUAAAGUAUUAUUGGGCGCACAAAAAGUAAAAAAAAAAAUAACGACGAAAUAUUCAAAAUCUCGUCGAUUAACGACAACAACAACAACGACGACGACGACGACGACGCAAAAAAGGGAGAAAUGAAAUCACGAGGAAGAAAUUUGAUGAUAUUCCAUCGAGUGAUUUUGAAUUUAAAAAAAAUUACUAAUUGCAUUAUUGUCAAUAAUAAUUAUGAAAUUUAGUACAAUAUUUUUGUGGAAAUUAAAAAAAAUAUCAAUCAUCAUGAAAAGAAGAAGAGAUCAUUGAUUGUGGAAGGUGGUUGUUCGCCAAUAAAGGAGGUGUCGCCUCAAAAAAAAUAAGAGAGAAAUGGAAGACUCAUCACCUAGAAUUCGUUCCUAUAUUGACACAUGGGACAAUGAGGACAAGUAUUCAGUGGCAAAUAGUCAAGCACCUCUUCAGGGUGGCGAUGACGAUCAUCCGGAACGUGGAACAUGGACUGGGAAAUUUGACUUUCUUCUGUCUCUUCUUGGCUAUAGUGUUGGACUUGGCAAUGUUUGGCGAUUUCCAUAUCUCUGUUAUUCAAACGGAGGUGGAGCAUUUCUCAUUCCGUUCACAAUAAUGCUAAUCAUCGCUGGCCUGCCACUGAUGUUCAUGGAACUCUCUUUAGGUCAAUAUGCAAGUCUGGGUCCAGUGGCAGCUUAUAAACGAUUUUGUCCAUUACUUCGUGGUGUUGGAUAUGGAAUGGUCCUAGUAAGUUCAAUAGUGAUGCUGUAUUAUAAUCUAAUCAUCGCUUGGACCCUCUACUACAUGUUCGCCUCAGUAGCCGGAGGGGGUGAAUUGCCUUGGAGCAAAUGUGACCCAGCAUGGAGUACAGACGAUUGUGUUACUCCAGAAGUAUCUGACGCAUGCCUAGAACAGAAUUUGUCAUAUUAUAAGAACGAAUGCCUAAAUUCGACUCAACUCGCUGUUUUGAAUCUCACAAUUGAGAAUAUCACCGCCUUCAUUAGAAAACCACCUGCCGAGGAAUAUUUCAAUAAUCACGUCCUGGGCAUGAGCCGAGGAAUUGAGGAAACGGGAUCCGUGAAUCCAAAAAUGGCAGCCUGCCUUUUAUUAGCCUGGAUUAUCGUCUUUCUCUGCCUUAGUAAAGGAGUUCAGAGUUCAGGAAAAGUUGUAUACUUCACUGCUCUCUUUCCCUACGUAGUGCUGAUCGCGUUAUUCAUUCGGGGAAUAUUGCUUCCUGGCGCUGACGAAGGUAUUCUAUUCUACUUGACGCCCGAUUGGAAGCGAUUAUCAUCGGCAAAAGUAUGGGGCGACGCAGCGGUACAAAUUUUCUUUGCCUUGAGUCCAGCAUGGGGAGGUCUCAUCACUUUGAGUUCGUACAAUAAAUUCUCCAACAAUUGCUACAAGGACUCGUUAAUUGUUGCCGUGAGUAACAUUGGAACAUCAUUUUUUGCCGGAUUAGUCAUCUUUUCAGUGAUUGGCUUUCUGGCACACGAGCUUAAUGUGCCUGUUGCAUCAGUCGUUGAUCAGGGAGCCGGAUUGGCCUUUAUUGUAUAUCCAGAGGUUGUUGCGAGGUUACCAGUUGCACCUGUUUGGUCAUUAUUAUUUUUCGUAAUGCUCCUAACAUUGGGACUUGAUUCACAAUUUGCACUAAUGGAAACAGUGACAACGGCAAUACUCGAUGGUAUUCCAUCAUUGAGGAAUUAUAAAUUUUGGGUUGUUUUGGGAGCAGCGGUACUUGGCUACGCUGGUGGUGUUAUCUUCACAACUAAUGCUGGAAUGUAUUGGCUACAACUAAUGGAUAAAUAUGCGGCAAAUUGGUCAGUUCUUUUGAUAGCAAUCACCGAAUGUAUUUUGGUUGCUUGGAUUUAUGGUGCCGAUCGUUUUUUGGACGAUGUUCAACAAAUGAUUGGAGUACGUUGUAGACUUUGGCGAUUCUUUUGGACGUGGAUGUGGAAAGUUGUGACACCAGCGGCACUUUUCUUUAUUCUCUUUUUCAAUUGGGUGGAAUACGAACCACUUAAGUAUGGUACCUAUGUGUAUCCAAGAUGGGCUGAUGCUGUUGGAUGGGUAAUUGGAAUGUUACCAGUUCUCGUCAUCGUUGGAAUGGCUUUAAUCCAGUUGAGGAAACGACGUCGAAAACCAACCUACGACGAUGACGAUGAUUACGAUGAUGAUUAUUUGAAUGCCGGAGGUUCUCAAAGAGUUGGACGAAAGGGAAUUGAUGAAAGUGUUUGGUGCCGAGCUCGAAUGCUUCUUCAGCCAACAUUGGACUGGGGUCCAGCAUCUCGGAAUCAUUUGACACCUUCAAGAACACUCACUUAUUCUCAAUCUCCAGUUGGAGGACCAUUGGGAUACGAAUCGGUACGCGAUACAAUUGUUUUGGUGAAUGGACAACCAAUGACAGUACAACCGGCAAGUUCAAUGGGAUCAUCACAAAAAUUACCGGGCCCAUCGAUUUUAAAGAAUUCGAGCAAAACGGAUCUCAUCACAUCCCAACAGGUUUGACCCGAUAAUUCUUUUUAUUCCGAUGAAUCCUCCUGAAAAUAAGCCAAUCGAGAAUUUAUCAUCGGGAAACGUGACGACGACGACGAAACAUUAGAUACGAAAUAAAAAAUCAGCAACUUUGGAUGACGAAAUCCAAUUAUGGAAAAUCAUCAAUAAAUGAGAUAAAAAAAAAAAAAAAGUUCGCUUCUCUCGAAAAUACCAAAGUUGCUUGAAAAAAAAAUAAGUUUCUCACGUGAGAAAUUUCAGCUAAAUAAUAUAACGUUUUCCUAUAUAAUAAAUAUAUAUAUUACAAAAUUAAAGCCUAAGAAUGAGGAUCGUGACUUUUAUCCUCUUUCGCCAAAAAAAAGUGAACUAGUUCGUUUUAUCUUUCUCGCAAAAAAAACGGAAAGAAAAGGCCAAUGAUUGUUAAUGUUGAAAAAGAUUAUGUUUUCUAUAAAUCGCAAACCCGAGACUGUGUCCAUCUUUUUUGAACGUUAAAAGUUCAUUAUUAUUUUCUUUUUGACAAAUAUCCUUGAUGAAAAAGAAAUUAUUCUUGAAAGUUUAUCAUUAAGAUAAUUAUUUUUCAUGAGGGGGUGAAAUUUGUUAGGAAAAAGAAAUAAGGUUUUGUGUAUAAAUAAGCGUGUCGUGUGUGAUUUAAUAAAAUUUCCUUUCCCUUAAAAAAAAAAAUUGUGUGAAUGAUUCGGUGAAAGAAUUUAGUUAAAUAUUAAAAGAGAAAAAAAAUAUAUAUAUAUUAGCGAUGAAAAAUAAAUUUUUGCCAUUUGUCCAGAUGUCGCUCCAUAGAUAAAUUAAUAAUAAUUCAAAAAAAAGUAGAUUUUUAUUGAUGUAAGUAAGGAAAACGCGAUUUAAAGAAGCUGAGUAUAUUUUAGACAUGUGUACUUUUAGGCUUUAUAGUUCAAACUGUAUAGAAUACUUUUGAAAAAUCGAGGUUUCACGUAAUUCGUCUUUUACUUCUUCUUACUAUUGAAUUUUUGUUAUUUCGAUUUUUUUAGUUUGAAAUUUUUUUGACGAAAUUUCUCCUGUUUUAUGGGCGCCGGAGUUGAGAAUCACUGCUUGCGCUGUGAAGUGGGGAUAGCGUGGAGGCGGAGACAGUGCGCGCGCGCACAUUCCUCGACUAUCCCCCACCACUCGUGCCGAGUGUUCUCAACGUAAGCGAAAAAUUUAAAGUUUCUUUUUAUUUCAAUUAAUUAAAUUUAGAAAUUUUUAUUUUACAAAAUUUAAUUAAUUAAAAUGCAAAUAAAUCGGAAAAAAAGAGUAUUGGCGUUUUACGUGAAAUUAUAAGUCGACAUUUCCACUGUUUUACACUACUGAUUUUUUUUAAACUUAAAUUUAUUCAGUGGAUUUAAAAAUUAAAAACGAAUUUUUUAUUUAAAAAAUGUAUUUUGAUACUCUUGUUAAUUAUCUUUUAGCAAUGUCAGUGGAAAUGUCUUCUGAAAAAAAAAUGAGAAAGUUUUUGGUCUCUCGAUGGAAAUGGUGACAAAAAAAAAUAUAUUUGUUAAUGAAAACAUUUUUUACAACAAAUAAUAUGAGACCUGGAUUUUUCUCAUCAAAAAUUUUUUUAUUGCCUUAGACAAUAAAAUUUAACACUUUUAAAUAAAUCAUCAUACUAUCGUUGUUCGAGAAUAAAUAACAUUUAAUAUUGUUGCUUUUCUCUAUAACAUAUUGUUGUUUUUAAAAUCGUUGUUCGGAAUAAGGGGAAAAUUGUUGUUUCAGAAAAGACGUUACAUUUGAAUAUUAAAUUGACAAAUAAAUUUAAUUCUGAAAUUUUAUAAUUCAAUUAAUUAUUUAAUUAAUUUUGAAAUUAAUUAUAAAUUAAUUAAAUUGUUUAGUAAAGUUUAUUAAAUUAAAAUUAGUAAAAAUGAAUUAAUUCUUGUGUUUCGUAGGCGACGGAGUUGAGAACACUCGAUAUGUUCGGUAGUGGGGGUAAAGCGAGAAGUAGAGGAGGCGCGCGUCAACUAAUCAGUGCGCGCUAUCCCCACUCCUCGCACAGUGUUCUCAACCUGGCUCCUUAAAAAUGCCAAACAAAAACUUCUCCAGGCACUCUUUCAAUAUUAUUACUUGAAAAAAAAAUUACUACUAAUCAAAUAAUUUCCAUUUAAUGAAUUAAAUGAUACAACAAUUUAAAAAAAAAAUCGAAAAAAUGAAUGAUUUUUUCCAUCGAAAUGACAGAAAAAAAAUGGAAAUAAUAAUCAAUCGGGCUGUGUUUUUUGGCUAUAUAUAUUGAAGAGUUCGCUAAUAUCGUGAAAAAAAAUAAAUCAAACGUUUACGCGCACGAAAAGAGUCAAUAAAUAACAGUAAAAAAAAAAAGUAAAGGAUUGCAAUUCUUUAUUUUUUAUGUGAUCUCGUUUGUAAAGUGUUACUAGUUGUAAAAGCAAAAUGAAACUAAUGUUACACGAUACAUAAAAUGAAAAAAAAUGACUAUAAAAAUAAGUUGAAUUAAAUGUGAAAUAAAAUAAAAUUAGCGUCUAAAAAUUUAGGUUAAAGUAAACAAAAAAAAAAUCGGAGAUGUUAUUUAAUAAAACAAAGCCCGCUGCGUUCAAGUGUACUCAUAUCUAUGAGUUUUUAGGAUUACCUCAUAAAUUGUGUGCGUAUGUGUGUGUUGGCGUAAAAAUUUGUAUGUGUGUGUGAGAAAGAGAAAAAAUUGCGUGAACAAAAAACAAAAAAAUGUUUAAUGAAUCUGAGACAAAAGGGAGCGUUCUAAUUAUAGAGGGGACAAGCGAUAAAAAAAAAUUAAUGCGAGUCCACUUUUCGUUCCCUUAUAAACAGAAACCUUCAAAUCGACUGAUAUUUUUUCUAGUUAUAUAUUUAGGGCAAAAAAAAAUAUGGAAAAUCGAUAUCAGGAAAAUUGUUAUAUCGAAAGUUCCUAUUUGUUACUUCUUGUCCAAUUUCUAGGGAAUUUAUUGUUCUAGUUAUUUUUUUUAUGGUGACUUUUUGUUAUGACUAGUGAUUUUCUUGUAACUAGUAACUUUUUUUUUUAUUGAAGCUAGUAACUUUGUUAUAACUAAUUUUGUUAUAGAAUUUUAAAACAACUAGGGAAUUUGUUAUUUAAUGAAUUUUUUUUAUAUGUUAAGUCUGGGGGAUUUUUAAAUACAGAAAUUUAUUUUUAUUUUAUUUAUUAUUCUCUAUUAAAAUGGAGAUUAUAGUUAUUUUAUUCUAGUGAUUUUUUUUAGUUAUUUUAUGAUUCUGGGAAUUUUUUUUUUUUAAAUUAAGAACUAGUAAUUUUUUUUUUUUACCAAACCAGUGAUUUCGUAACAAAACAAUAAAUUUUUAUGAAAAUAAAAAAAAAAUAAUAAAGGGAAAUUCUCGAGAGUUGAGAGCGUUUGCGAUCCUGCCAAAAAAGAAAAGUGAUACAUAAAAUAUUUUUCAAACAACGUCAAUAGCCAGUGAAAGUAUUAUCAAUUGCAAACCAAAAAAAAAAAAAAAAACCGUCGUUAAUGUAUAAAUUAUUUUAGGAAAAAUGUUGCUGUGACAGAAAAAAAUAAAUAUUUCUCAAUAUCUCGAGAAUUUUUUUUUUUUUUUUUUUUUUUCAUCGCAGGGAGUGAAUUAUAUUAAAAUCACUUUUUUUUAUCUAAAAAAAAAAAAAAAAUACUCUCUUCGCGAGAGAUAGAAUAUAAUAUUGAAUUUUUCGAAGUUUUUUGACGAUGGAUCUACCUCAUAGAAGGAAUAAGAAAGAGAGAGAAAAAAUAUGAAAAAUUGUUUUUAAUGCACAGCACUCCUUGUUUUUAAUUUAUUAAAAAAAACUCUCGCUUUAGAAAAAAAAAAAUAAUUUCACCUCCUUGUCACUUGAAUUUUUAUUUUUAAUGCACUUUUUUUUU